GACUCUCCCCACGCAGUCCCUGCGGAAGUGGCCGCGCCGCCAUGUUGGCUGGGAGGGGAAGUGGAGGCCUGGCCCCCCACUAAGAUGGAGGAGAGGAGCCAACUGGGGGCCUAGGGCCCCCUCAGGCCGAAGGGCGAGCUGGGGCCCAUGGAGCAGCGCUAGGUUUAUGCUGUAGACAGCUACUUCACUGCCAAAAUGACAUCUUCGACCUCUGAACAGUAUCCAGCAUCUGAGAAUGCCUGCAGAAUCGCACUUGGACAAGCUAACCAGGUACAACCGAAACUGCCACUCCUGAAGAUUCUGCAAGCAGCAGGUGCACAAGGUGAAACCUUCACAUUGAAAGAGGUCAUGCAUUACCUGGGACAGUAUAUAAUGGUGAGGCAGCUAUAUGAUAAGCGGCAACAGCACAUGGUGUAUUGUGGAGGGGAUCAGCUGGGAGAAUUGCUGGGACUCGAGAGCUUCUCUGUGAAAGAUCCAAGCCCAGUUUAUGACAUGCUGAAAAGGAACCUGACUUCUGUUACUAUUACAGAUGCUGCACAGACUCUUGCUCUCGCAAAGGAUCAGAGCGUCGAUAAUCCAAGCCAAGACCAGCUGAAGCAGACUAGCACAGAGGGAAGCUCUGACACUGAGGGAAUGGAGGACAAAAGUGAUGCUCCUGCUUUGUCUACCUCACAGCUCAGCUAUGGAAACUGCGAAGACAAAGACUUAAUAGAAAACCUCUCAAAAAGCAAGAAGCCCAAACUGGAUCUAGUAUUUGAGGAGUGGGAUGUAGCUGGCCUUCCAUGGUGGUUUUUAGGCAAUCUGAGAAACAACUACAAGUCUAGAAGUAACGGGUCAACAGACAUACAGACCAACCAGGACAUAGACACUGCCAUUGUUUCAGAUACUACUGAUGACUUGUGGUUCCUCAAUGAAUCUGCGUCGGAUCAAUUCAAUGUUGCCGUCAAAGUGGAGACAGUGGACUGUGAAGAAGUGGGGAAAGAGAGUGACAAAAAGGUGAUUGAGGUUACGUGUACUGAUGACCUCGAGGAGUCUCAGUGCCUAAGUGACGACACAGAUGUAGAAGCUGCCUCUGAGGACUGCUGGCAAUGCACCAAAUGCAAGAGGUUUAACUCUCCAGUCAAACGGUACUGUUACCGCUGCUGGGCCUUACGGAAGGACUGGUACUCGGAUUGCCCCAAACUAGCUCAUUCUCUCUCUCUGUCCACCAUUGAUACUAUUCAAGGCAAAAAGGAUGAUGAGGGAAUUGAUGUCCCAGACUGCAGAAGGACCGUGUCUGCUCCAGUUUGCCGACCCAAAGAUCUGUACACAGGUGAAUGCGAGUCCCAUGUAGACCCUGGCAGCUCUAUGGAGUCCCUGGGUUUGUCACAAGAAUGCAAGGACCAGGAGCCACAGAUGCAUUUUGGUGAACACAAAAAGGAAGAAGAAGUAGAAUGCCAAGAGAAUAUCAAAAAUUUGUUGAAUCCCUGCCUUCUAUGCCAGAAGAGGCCGCGGGAUGGGAAUAUUGUCCAUGGAAGGUCUGCUCACCUAGUGGCUUGCUUCAAAUGUGCGAAAAUGCUGAAGAAAGGGAGAUUGCCAUGUCCAGUGUGCAAGAAACCGAUCCAGAUGGUGAUCAGAAUCUUCACGGGGUAGCUGUGCUGCUGCAAGGUGCUUCAGGGACUUAAAUGGUGGUUCUCAAAGCAACUUCUUCCUUCUCAAGUCAAAAACCAGUCUUUACCAUAUGUGCUCAAGCCAGCUGUGAGUCUACAUCUGCCGGGGAAGGUCACAAAACCCAGCAGCACCAAAACCACAUUGAGCGUAUUCUUCCUCUGUAGGGACAUUGGAGGAGAUGGGAUGUGUGGGAUCAGAGCUAUCACUGCCAAAAGCACACCAAACCUGUUGGUGAUUCUGCAGCUAUGUUGACUUGACGUUGUUUUACUGUGUGAUGAUUACUGUGUCUGAUUUUAUUUGCUGUACAUGUACAAAUGGGAUGAGUUUUGUUUUUAAACCACAAGUUAAGCUGCAGUGCACCAAGUUGCAGUUUCACAAUAUUGUUUUGCAAACAGGCCAGAUCACCGAUGGGUGUAAAUCAGCAUAGCUCUAUUGAAGUCAGUGGCGUUAUGCUGACUUGCACCGUUGGGGAUUCUGGCCCCAUAUCUGAAGCGCACUUGUUGCUUCCUUGCUGAAGGGUCACUGAAAUGAAGCUGACGCACCUUAGCCUUCCUUUGGGCCAUAGUAGAUUUAGCAGGGUUUCCUUAUAAUAGUACAGAAGUGGGAACUGUUAGUUACCAGCUAGCUGCCUUCCCUUUCUUUGGAUGUUUGUGCGCUCGGCAAGGUGGAUGGUUGGACGUAGACCUGAAAGCACAUCUUCUGGAUACUGUGAAUUUUGUUUUCCCUGUUGCCUCAAAAAGUGCAUUUUGUUAAGGGUUCUGUUUGAAUAGUUUUCAGACCGAAUGUGUUACAAAGUGUGUAGUCUAUGUUGACCAAAAAACCUGAAUUACAAUUUAUUGGGGAUAUAAUAUCCUUACUGAAACCCUAUUAAGAUGUGUAAUAUAUACAAAGCUUGAGAUACUUACCUUUAUUCAGUGGCUAAGAGUUAUAGGGUGGCUAAGUGGAAAUCCCCUUGUGUCAAAGGAAAGCCACAAUGAACGUUAUACAGUUCGGAGAUUUAUUUUUAUUCUGUAGCAAAUAUAAGAGUAGUAUUUCAGAAGCAUCCGCUUCUUUUUUGUACUUUUGCUUAAGGGUAUGAUUUUUGUCCCAUGAAAUCGUUAUACUGGUGCAAUGCCUAGUGUCGAUGCAGGUAUACCAGUAUAAAGGUACCUUAGACUGGUGUAUCUUAUUCCUCUUCCCAUAGAUGCUUACACUAGUGUAACUGUGCCUACACUAGAGGUGUGUGUUCACUACGAACGUCAAAGCGUUGCCGCAGCAGUGCUUUAAUGUGGCUGUGUAGUCGCGGCCCCAGCACUGGGAGAGAGAAAAAACCACUCCCAUGAGGGGAGUAGCUACCGCGGCUCCCAGCACUGGUGCACUGUCUACGUUACCACUUUACAGCGCUGAAACUUGUUUUUUUCACACCUCUGAGCGAGAAAGUUUCAGCGCUGUAAAGUGUCCGUGUAGACAAGGCCUCGGAGAGUUGUAUAGCUAUAUAUCAGUAUAGUUAGAGUGGUACAGACAAGCCCUAAUUCAAUCAGAGCUGCCGUUUUAUUGACAUUUCCUAACAGGAAGUCUGUUCUCAUGCCUUAGUUGCCAAGACAGGACCCAAAGUAUUUCAAUAAAACACCUAGCUCUUGUAUAGCUCUUUUGAUCUAUAGAUCUCAAUGCGCUUUAAAAGGAAGUCACCAUUUUACAAAUGGGAAGCUAAUAAAGGCACCAGAAAGUUAGCCGCCUAAAUCCAGAAUUAGGCACCUUAAAUCAGUGCCCUGAUUUUUCGGAGCUGCUGAACACCUGGAUCUCCUGUUGACUAGCGUGUCAGUUGUGAGAUACUCAACAUCUCUGAAACUCUGGCUCUUUAGAGCGGGGCCCCCUUUUGGAGCCCAGGCUGGAAAGUAUUGGCCAGGGAGGAUAGCUGAACAUAUGAAAAGCAGUCCAGUUGCCUGACGUCCCGUUACUAAAAAAUAAUUGCUUAAUGUUAUGCAUGUUAAACUACUAUUAAUACAUUUUAAAAUAAUACAACUGCUUUGAAAAUGACUCCUGCUCCCAUACAUUCCCUGUGUCCCAAACUGUCAUUCAACUUUCAAGGUGGCAGCUUCCUCAUUCAUUCUUAACUGUUUGUAUUCAGACUGUUUACAGAUUAUUGGUGAUGACCUUUCUCUCUAAUAAUAAUAAAGUGCUGUAAGAGCUAAGGUGCUGUGCAAGCAGGAAUCCUUCCAAUACCCCCGUGUACCUAUCUGAGAAGGUGCUUGAAGGUGGCUGAAAUAUUGUGUGGGUAGCAGGAUCAUUUUAUGCUCUUGAAUAACAAUAGAAAGACCGAUUCCCUUCCAGAAAAGGUAAUUUCUUACUAAAUCCCCCAAGCACUCUUCCCCCGUUUUGCACCUAAAUGUAUUUUCAUCCAGGAAAAGUGAAAUAUCUAUGGAAUACAUGCUCCCUACUUAUAGCCUAAAGCUCACCAAAAUAUUCUAUUUAUAUUUGCACUAUUUUACAAUGCUUUGGUCGAACUAAAUUAAUGACUUGUUUGUUUCCCAUGCAAAAUAAACUUGACACUUGAAAUCUUGUGAUAGGGUAACUUAGAAGGUUUAGUUUUUAAUUUGUACUGUGUUUCGGCAAAGCUUAAAUAAAACCUUUGUUACCAGUA